CACCAGUUGCCGAAAGAUCGCAACUAUGCGAAAUCAAUCAAGGGUGUCAAUGGGUCAUCCUUCACGUGUAACGCGUGAUGUGAUACUAGCGACCAUGAUGGUGUGGGCGUCGCCUCCUCAAUUUAUGUCUUUUCAUACACUUUCGUUUAAGAAGGCCAACUUCGGAUAGGACUGAUGUGAGGACCCCUCCCUUUUGGUUUUGGAUAAGAAGAGAGCCAGAUCGUCUCUCCUCCUUCACCUGUAGCCCAAGGACCCAUCCUCAGCAAGUCUGAGCUGUAUAUUCUGUGCAACACUGUUUUCAUAGUCAUCAUGCAACGAUACGCAUCCCUUCCACCACAAUUUUACCUUCAGGAUCUGGCCGCCAUCACGGGUCGGGUCUGCGAGCUCAGAGCCAAUCCUCACCAAGCAGAGGCCGACCGUGCAGCGCGCUCGUGGUUCAAUCAAAUAAGUGUGUACGAUGAUAGGAAGAAGUCAAAGUUUCUUAACUACGGCAAAUUCGACCUCUUUGCAACACUCAGCUUUCCAGAUGCCGACUGCAUGCAUCUUGAAACUUGUAUCAUGUUCUUUCUUUGGGCUUUCUCGACCGACGACCUUUCUGAUGAAGGCGACCUACAGUCAAAACCUGACGCAGUGCAAGCUGGACAUGACAUCUCUGUCAGUGUGUACACCAACCCAGAUGGUUCCCGCCCACAGUAUCCAUAUGCUGCUAUGUUAUACGACCUGCUCACGCGAUUCCGUGAGACAUCUACCACUGGCGCCUACCAUCGAUUCAUUAGGGCAUUUGAGGCAUGGAGUAGCUCCCAAGUAACACAAUCUCGCAACCGUUCUCAAGAUCGAAUGCCCUCGGUCGACGAAUUCAUUCUCAUGCGUCGUGCGACUAUCGGCGGCGCUCUUGUUGAAGCGAUGGUUGAGUAUUCGCUUGACCUGGAUCUUCCGGACAUUGUCUUUGAGAAUCCCAUCAUUAAAGCGAUGUCUGACGCGACAACUGACCUUAUGACAUGGCCUAAUGACCUUUGUUCUUUCAAUAAAGAACAAUCUGACGGCGACUACCAAAAUCUUGUAUUCUGCAUCAUGCAUGAACGCGACGUCGGCUUGCAGGAAGCCAUCAAUAUCCUCACCGAGAUGUUAAAUGAACGCGUGAACGACUAUAUCAAGUUCAAGAGUCAGCUACCGUCGUUUGGUGCUGAUGUGGAUGCCGAGCUGGAAAGAUACCUUCAUGCGUUGGAAAACUUCGUGCAGGGGACCGUGCUGUGGUAUUAUCUCAGUCCGAGGUACUUCCGCGGCGUUGAUGUCACAAAUCGCGAGAACCUCGUUGUGCCACUUUUUGAGAAAGGAGCAUUCUAACGCGUGACAUGUCUUGUUUUAUUUUGUUAAAUAAUUGCUCACUAUGC